AUGGUGGAGGAAAUCGAGCAGGAGAAGGCUCGCCUGGAGGCCAUGGAGGUGGCGGACCAGGAGCAACUGGAGGAGCCACCACGACCACUCCCGGAGGGCCAAGCGAAUGGAGAUGGGUCCCAGCUGUCCCUGGACGGGCAAGCGGAGAAAGAGUUGGAGGACUACCUGGGCAGGGGCACAGAGUCAAUACUAGCUGGAAAGGGCGAGACCAUCAACCCCCAACCAGCUAGAACAUCAACUCCGCCCCCUACACUCCGACGCCCAGGUACAAUAAGAUCACCGACCUCCACCAUCUCCGCUACCAUCGCCCAGCCGUCCGUCAGAUCCACCACCGCAGCUGACCGACCAUCCACCUCCAGAACCACCGACCAGUCAUCAACCCCCGUAGCCGACCGACCACACAUCAGCCAUCGACCAUCCACCACCACCGCCGCCGACAGAUCCACCAGAACCACAGCCGACCGACCAUCCACCACAGCCGACCGACCAUCAACCUCCACCACCAUCCAGCCGUCGGCCUCAAGGAGUCGAGGCCACCCAGGCUGGUUGCCUGUGACCUCGACCCCAAUUGACCGAACCACCACCACCCGGCCAAUAGCGACAUCCAGGAUGGAUCCUGUCGACCGUCCAGAGGUCCAGGGCCUGCACUACCGGACGGCCAGCGGCAAGCGCCGCAAAUACAAUCCGCGGCGCCACCUGCAGCUGGACGAUCUGCCUGAUCCUACGAAAAAACGCGCUAUUGAUUCAACGAUAGUAACGCGUACGAAGAAAAAAAGAAUAGAAGCCAUAGAAAAGGACGAUGUUGAUGCUGUUUACAUUCCGAAUCCUGUUGAUUCUGAAGACUCGGAUUUUCUCGAAUCUGAUGGAUGUGAUGAGUUUGAAGAUGAUAACUUUUCUGAGGCUAAUAACAGUGAUUCGGAAGUUGACGGUUUUAUGCAUUAUGAAUCUUACGAAAAAGUAUUGAGUAAUUAUUCUACAACACAGAAAAAGUUGGAGAAUAAUUAUUAA